AGCAUCUGAACGACGUCUCAUAAGGGCGGAGUCGGAGACUCGAGUUCAACCAAUAACCAACAAUGGCCACGGCCGGAACUCCGCUCCAAAGGACACAGCUUUCUGGCCCCUCUUCUCCCCUUCAACGCCUUUCCACCUUCAAGAAUACCCCAACUGCUUCUUCCUCCGCCGCACCUCCCUCCUCCGCCACCGCCUCCACCGCUUCUCCUCUCGAUUCCUUCGCCUCCGAUCCCAUCUUCUCCGCCUUCCUGUCCUCUUCCUUCUCCUCCACGUCAUUCUCCUCCGCUGCCCUCUCUUCCGGCUCCCCUGCUUCCACAGCCGAGAAGCUCCACCAUGCUAUCCGUCUCCUCGAGAAUCAGCUCCGAUCCGAAGUCCUUUCCCGCCACAACGAGCUGCUUUCCCAAUUGUCCUCCCUCAAGCAUGCUGAGCAUGCCCUGUCUACUGUUCGAUCUGGCGUCUCUUCACUCCAAUCUUCCCUCCGUCGUGUUCGAUCUGAGCUAUCUGAACCCCAUCGCGCCAUCGCUACGAAGACCGUCCAGCUUUCCAAUCUUCAUCGCACCACUGAGCUCUUACAGCACUCGAUCCGGGCUCUUCGGUUGUCGAAGAAGCUUCGUGAUGUGAUGGCCGUUUCCAGUGCAGAGCCCGAGAAACUUGAUCUUGCCAAGGCAGCCCAACUGCAUUCUGAGAUUUUGAGCCUAUGCAAUGAAUAUGAGCUUGUGGGCAUCGAUGUGGUUGAUGAAGAACUCAAUUGGGUGAGAGAAACUGGGGAUCAAUUGAGAAAUGAGGCUAUGAAAGUAUUGGAACGAGGAAUGGAAGGGUUGAAUCAAGCUGAGGUGGGUACAGGGUUACAAGUUUUCUAUAACCUCGGCGAAUUGAAGGUGACGGUGGAGCAAGUGAUCAACAAAUAUAAGAAUAUGGGUGCAAAGAGCAUUAGCGGAGCGUUGGAUAUGAAAGCUAUUUCGGGGGCUCCUGGUGGCGGGUUUGGUCCAGGAGGAAUUAGAGGCAGCGGGAUGCCGCAAAUUGGAGGAGGGGCUAAGGCUAAAGACGCUCUAUGGCAGAGAAUGGGGAAUUGUAUGGAUCAGUUACAUUCUAUAGUUGUUGCGGUAUGGCAUUUGCAGAGAGUGUUGUCAAAGAAACGCGAUCCAUUCACCCAUGUUUUACUGCUUGAUGAGGUCAUUAAGGAAGGUGAUCCCAUGUUAACCAAUCGAGUCUGGGAAGCUAUUGUGAAGGCUUUUACUAGUCAAAUGAAGUCCACUUUCACGGCAUCAAGUUUUGUCAAAGAGAUUUUUACAAUGGGGUACCCAAAGCUUUACUCCAUGAUCGAGAGUCUCCUUGAAAGAAUUUCACGUGAGACAGAUGUUAAAGGAGUGUUACCAGCUAUUACUUCAGAGGGAAAAGAUCAUAUGGUUUCAGCUAUUGAAAUAUUCCAGACUGCUUUCUUGGCUCUCUGCUUGGGACGCCUUUCAGAUCUAGUGAAUUCUGUGUUUCCAGUCUCCAGUCGAGGAAGUGUUCCCACUAAAGAACAGAUCUCAAGAAUUAUACUACGCAUUCAGGAAGAGAUACAAGCUGUUCAGGUGGAUGCACGCUUGACUCUCCUUGUUUUACGUGAAAUUGGAAAGGUCUUACUUCUUCUGGCAGAGCGAGCUGAAUACCAGAUAUCCACUGGACCAGAAUCACGUCAAGUAAGUGGCGCUGCGACGCCUGCACAGCUCAGGAACUUUGCUUUGUGUCAGCAUCUGCAAGAAAUUCAUGCUCGAGUAUCAUCUAUACUUGCAGGAUUGCCCAGUAUCGCUUCAGAAGUGUUGUCAGCAUCAUUGGGUGCAAUAUAUGGUGUUGCUUGUGACUCAGUGACAUCCUUAUUCCAGGCAAUGCUUGAUCGGCUGGAAUCAUGCAUAUUGCAAAUACAUGAUCAGAACUUUGGAGUUCUUGGAAUGGAUGCUGCUAUGGACAACAAUGCAUCACCUUACAUGGAGGAGCUGCAGAGGUGUAUUAUUCACUUCCGUGGUGAGUUCCUAUCUAGGUUGUUGCCUUCCACAACUACGGUUUCGGGGACAGAAAACAUAUGCACCAGGCUGGUCCGGAGUAUGGCCUCCCGUGUUCUAGUAUUUUUCAUCAGGCAUGCUUCUCUUGUCAGGCCUCUGUCUGAAUCAGGCAAGUUGAGGAUGGCCAGGGAUAUGGCUGAAUUGGAGUUAGCUGUGGGCCAAAAUUUAUUCCCAGUAGAGCAACUUGGUGCACCAUAUCGAGCACUUAGAGCAUUUCGGCCGCUUAUUUUCUUGGAAACAUCUCAGCUUCCGUCGUCUCCUCUUCUUCAAGAUCUUCCACCGAAUGUCAUACUACAUCAUCUAUACUCUCGCGGUCCUGAUGAAUUGCAGUCACCUCUUCAAAGGAACAAACUAACAUAUUUGCAGUAUUCGUUGUGGCUAGAUUCUCAAGGGGAAGAUCAGAUCUGGAAAGGCAUCAAAGCAACACUUGAUGAUUACGCUGCAAAUGUGAGGGCCAGGGGUGACAAAGAGUUUAGCCCUAUAUAUCCUCUUAUGCUACAAUUGGGUUCAUCCUUGACAGGCAAUAUCAAGGAAUCCCAUAAGUCUUGACCUGUGACCGUGCAUUCAACCGCGCAUGCAAUGGCAAGUUGGUUCUAUUCUAUCUUCUAUCUAAAUAAAUUACGGCUUUUAUGUGACCAGAGAUAGAUCUUUUAAUCCAAAACCCUCUAAGAUCUGAAAGUUUAGAAGGAACUUUUGAUCCAUAGAACGUCAGUGGUGGACAAAAGAGAGGGUACCAAGUGACAAUUGAGAGGGUUUAAAGUGUUACUUCCUGUGCUGGAUAAAGGAUUCGCUUUUAUCAUAAAUAUAUGACCUUGAUUUUA